AACAAAAAGUGAAAAACAGGGAAAUAAUUUUUGUCUAAACUUUAAAUAAAUUGGCAUUACACAAUGAUUCUUGUAGCUUUAAGGCGAUAUUUAUUACUAGCAUCUACAUGAUUGAUCAAAGAAGACAAUGUGAUAUUGAGUCAACAACCAUAAAAAGCUAUGGGUAAAAUCAGUAAACUGUUGGUCUGUGGUCAUGUGGGAGUUGGAAAAACAGCAGCCAUAGAACAACUUAUAUAUGGAAACCAUGUGGUCGGGACACAGAUGUUUCCAACCAUAGAGGAUAUUUAUUCUGCUAUGAUUGAAACAGACAGAGGGGUCAAAGAGAAAGUCAUUAUUUAUGAUACUGGUUUAUUGGAUGAAAAUAAAUCUGAACUCCCUCGGCAUUACUUUUCAUUUCCUGAUGGGUUUGUGCUCUUUUAUGAUGUUACAAACAUGGAAUCCUUCCAGAAACUAGACAGAAUCAAAAAAGACAUUGACAGAUUUAAAGACAAGAGAGAAGUUCACAUAGCUGUCAUUGGGAACAAAGUUGACCUUCAGGAGGGAAGAGAAGUGGACAAGGAAAAAGCCACAGCAUGGGCACAAAGAGAAAAAGUAAAGCUUUUUGAGGCCACCGUCUCUCAGAGGAAGACCGUCAUUGACCCAUUUGUUUGGAUCACCUCGAGAAUCACCCAACCUCAGAUUAACAGAUCUAAGCAAAGUAGAUGGUCAACAUUAACAGUAGGGAAUGUUAUACAUUGGAAAAAAAGGAGCAAGAAGAAAGCAUUAAACGCGAAGGGAAAGUAUGUUGCUGCCCAGCAGAAACGCUUGACAACAUUACAAAUGUCCCUCCGCGAUUUACCAGGUAAAUCGCUCUUGUCAGGCAGGAAGGGCAAAGGCGCCAACGUCAAUACUGACUAAGAGGUACAGCCGUGAAAUGCCGACUUAAGGGGGCCGACUAUUGUUUCCAUUGCGCAAUAUUUCGCGCAUCAUAGUAAAAUGAAGCGUAUAUACUGUUUUAAUGCAACUUUUUUUGCUUAAUUAUUAAAAUGAAACAAAAUUAAGAAAUUAUAGGUAUAAAAAUGUAAUUACAUUUUGAUAUAAAUAAUUUUUAACCGAUUUUCCAAUUCAUAGGUAGGUUGACGUCGUUGCAGAGUGUUUUUGACGCUAUGAUAAUCUGUAGCUUUUAAAGAAAGGUGUAAUAAAAAUAUUAUUAAGGAAAAAGUAAUAAACAUACGCUCUUGAAAUUUAAGACAUAGAAAUUUGAGAAUAUCACCAAUAUUUUUGUCAUGUUUUCAUGUGAAUCCAUUCUGUACGUCAUAUUUUGUAAUACUCUAUAAAAAUAGUAAAAUUUGCUAAUUUUUUGCAUUUGGAGAUGCCCCCUCUGGUAACAAGACGGUAGAAUUUUGUGUUUCUUACAUAUAUUGUAUAAUAUAAUAUUACUCAUCAAAUAUUAUUGUUUGAACAAAAAGUCUUUUGUAGUAUUUGUAUAAUUUGCUUUAAAGUGCUAAAAAUUGGCAUUUUCCUAUAUAAUCCUAUAGUACAUAUACCUGUAUUUUGAGACGGUCCCUCAAAAAUACCUGGACGGUAGAUUUCCCCCAAACUUUGCAUGUACACUGAAGUUAAUGUAAGUUAUAUAUGGUAUAAAAAUGAAGAGUUUCACUAUUGUAGUUUUCACACAAUAAAAAUAUAGUCGGCCCCCUUAAACGUUACAAUACCUUGAUGACUUGAAUCCAGCGACGUACCUAUGGUGGAUUUAUGACACUAUUCAUUUAUUUAUAGUUAGCAUUUGUUGUCAAGUUAGCAGACUAAUAAACAUUUACUUCGAUGUUAAAAAUCCGUUACCACUUCUUAAACAUUGUUUGAUCAGGAUAUGUGGAUAUCGAACUUCUUAUUUUAAUUAGAUUGUUUAUAUUUGCAAAUGCGAACAAUGGUGCUACAUUAAAGAAUUAGUGAAUUUCAUAAAUAGUGGUUACUUCUAAAGUGUGAUAGCACUGAAAUAUACUCUUCUUAACAUUGAAACUUACUGUGACGUUAUUGACGUUUUGAAACUGUUCGAUAAUUUUUUAACAGUUUUUACAGUAAAUUUUCUGUCUAUUGAUGUUGUUUUUGCAGUUUAAAUGCUAAACUUUGGUAUAGUUAGUUGACCAAAGUUACACUUUCAUUCUUUAGAAUAACAUGUAUGUACAUGAAUUAAAAAUAAUUAUUGUUAAACAAAAUGUGUGUAAUUUAAGAACCUACAUAUAAAUGACGUAAAAUACUUUUGUAUUGUAAUAACUCAAACUAUGCUAUAUGUCUUCUUUGGUCUCCAAUGACGUGAUAUUCAUUUAAGAUCUCUGCAGAAGCCAUAUAGAGUGUUACUGGAAAAGUGUUUAUGGAAUAUUCAGAUUAGUUUUGGAUAAAAGAAAAGGAUAUUGUUCUCCAAGCUUACUUUUAUAAUAUUUUAAUAAUAAAGACGUCUAUGAAUUUGAUAGCUAGCAAACCAUGUUUUAAAGGUGCAUGGACACAGAUUUGAAGUUAAUAUUUUCUGUAUAAUAUCACGACUUUAUAUAUUUUAAUAACAUUUCACACAAAAUAGAAAGCCUGCUAUUGCAAGCAAUAGCGUUUGUCGCCCCAAACUGGACAAGACUUUCAUUUUUUCAUCACUAAAACAAUACCCAUUAGCUGAGCUUGGACAACCAUCAACUCGUAUCAGUACUUUCAGUACUUUGAUUUAAAAAUCAAAGUUAAAGAAUUUUCACUUUCCCCCUGUUUCCUUGGCAACUAUUGACAAUUUGCAAUUUUUAAAUCCAAUGAGCACAAUUACAGGUACUAAUCAUUAUAUAAAUAAAAUUUCAUGAAGAAUGUUAAAGGGACCAGAGAGAACACUCGCGAACAAAAUUCGUCGCUUUUUGCAGGUUUCCAUGGCAACGGUAGCCAUUUGGAAACUGAAUGACCACACAACACAACUACAACCAGUGAUCCUCCUUUGAGGAAAGUUUCAGGAAGAUUGUCCCACCCAUCUCCGAGAAACAGCUUGCACAACAAGAACAUGCGUACAGUCGCAAUAUGUCGGCCGACUUCGUUCGGGGCGACAUAAAUAUAUUAAAAAUUUUAUUUCAUCUUAAAGUUAUUGAAACCUCAAAUUUUUGGAUGUGUUUGAUUGACACAUCCUUGCACUCUCACAAAUUUUACUUUUAUUCUGAAUACUUAGGAAAAGUUGCAAUUUUGUUGUGUAUUAAUGUAUUAAUGAAAAAUACUUAAACUUUAAUCCAGAAAAAUAACUAUAUUCAGAGUAGAAAUGUUUGAAAGCAAAACCCCUUCACAAGUACCGUCAUUCCGCGCUUAGUGUUGUGUACAGAAUUUAGCAAAUUGAUCAAACCCGUGAAACGUACACAGUUUUUGUAAACAGGGCACGAGCUCUGUUAUUGUUGAUGUUUACGAUUCACCGGGAACGUUCAAUUGUUAAAGUCUGCUCACCACAACUGGACGGACUGACAAUAUACUGUGUGUAUGUUUUGCUUUCGAACAUUUCUACUCUGAAUUUUCUGGAUUAUAGUUUUAAUAUUUUUCAUUCAUACACAAGAUUGCAACUUUUCAUAAGUAUUAAGAAGAAAAUUAAAAUUUGUGAAAGUGCAAGGAUGUGUCAAUCAAACCCGUCUGAAAAUUUGAAGUUUUUAUAACUUUAAGAUGAAAUAAGAUUUUUAAUAUAUUUUUGUGUGAAAUACUAUUAAAAUAUAUACCAGGGUAAGCCGUAAUAUUAUACAGAAAAUAUUAACUUCAAAUCUGUGUCCAUGCACCUUUAAUGCACAUCACAGGCGAGUUUGAAGAAAAUGUUUUAAUUUAUAGUUCAUUGUAUAAACGUUUGUCAAAAUACAUUUAUCACAAUAAAAAUAUAUAAGAAUACACAAA